UUCUACUUUAUUUUUACAACGCAAAUAAAAUCAUUUAAGCCUGUACAUUUCAUGUAAGUGGAUAUUCGAAAUUUUGAAAUAUACGUAGAUUAUGGCGGGCAGGAAUGGUGGAUUUUCGGCUACAACAGUUUCAUUUAAAAUCGGCACCCUGGUUCUGUUUGUAAGCUUUAUACUUCAUGUUGUGGGGUUUUCGGUUGCAAGAUGGGCUACCAUCAAAAUGUCCUUUUCCGGUAAUGAACUGUUUGAAAUUCAAAGUUAUUAUCACGCUGGAUUAUGGCAGCAUUGCGGAUGUGUAGAAUUUGGCGUUGAAACCUGUGUGUGUACUUCCAGAAGCGGAGAUCCAGCAUGGUUCAAAGCUGUUCAAGCAAUGGAGAUUCUUGGAUUGAUUGGGUUGAUAGGCACUGGAAUUAUUUCUUUGUCUCUGUUGUUUUACAAACAGACAAUGACAACGAAAAAUAUAAACAUUUUCCUGCUUGCAGUUUCAGCUGUUUGCAUUGUGAUUGGAUUGAUAAUAUUUGGAGUGGAGAACACAAAAGAUUUUAAAGACGUGUUUGCCAUUACUGACGCAAUCGACAGCGUAGAUGCACACGGAACCUUGAGUACUUCUUUCAUUCUGUGCGCCAUCGCUGCUGGCCUUUGCCUCUUCGUGUGUCUUCCUCUAUUUGCGGUAGACAGAAGCACACCUAUACCGCCACCCUUACCAACAGCGCAACAGCAAAUGUUUCAGGCACCAGUUCAAUAUUCAAACCAAGGUCAAGUGAUAGUUCCGCCUCCGGGUCAGGCACAAGUAUUUAUCGGCACAGUUGGCCAGCAACCAACUGGUUACAUGCCAACGUACACGUAUGGACAACAUGGUUUGCCACCGGCAUACGCACCGCAAACAUCUGCUGGGCCAUAUGGAGCACCUUCUCCACAGCAGACAGAUGGCAUACCGUACAAAGCGUAAAUCUUAGAUCUGGUAUACCAUUGUUGGCCCAAAGUACAAUUAUUGUCAUGCGUCAUUCAAAAAGCUUGUAGAAAUUAUCAUGCAACAUAGAAUAUUAUGUCAUUACUCAGAAAACGAAACCUACUCGAGGUACAUGUAUUGCCUUCAAACAGAAAGCCUUUAAAACUUUAAAACAUCUUAGGUAUUAUCCUUUUUAAUCAUUCAGGUAAAGUUAUUUAAUACGUUUAUAAACAUUAGGGUAAGAACACAGAAAGUAUGACAGAUAUAUUUGAGAUCGAUGUUUAAAUGUGCACUGAUUUUCUAACUUAACGUCAUUAUUCGCAACAUACGCUUUAAAACUAAGCUAGUUAUACUUAUUUUACUGCAGUGGGACUUUAUAAAAUGGCCCUUGCACUAAUCCUACUAACAUUUCUGUUAUUUCCUUUAUGACUUCCUUUAUGACUUCUUUUUUUAUUAUUUUUGUUAUAACAGUUGAUAAUAAAUACUUUUCAAAUAUAAUUGCCUUUAUAAAAGGGUAUUUGAUACAGGAUAUAAGGAAUUAUCAGGAGCUGUACUAGACACGCCCGAAAGACUGUUGUUUAGUAACCUCUGAUGAACAAAAAGAUUGAAAAUAAAAUGGCUUCGUCUUACUGUGGCUGAAAUAAGAAAUGACUGUUACAUACAGAGCAAUAUUCAUGCUAUAUCAAAAUGUGACAUUCGUACACUAAGUAAGUACGUAUCUUAUUGUACAUAUAGAAUGAAGUAUGAUAUUUUUCAAACAGUCUGGGUUUUGCGUCCCUUUAUAUAGCCUUAUCUACUUUUAUGCACAUCUUAUAUCGAUUUGUAAAAUUGCUUGCAAAUUGUCUUGGGGGUUACUUAAAAAUUAAUGUUAUCUUCUGUUUUCAUAUUUCAUAUACAGCACUUACAUCUGUUUCAUAUUACACUGUCAGCUCAUUUUUAUUUGUUGCUAUUUUUAACCUAAUUGGUAUAUUGUUUUAAAUCAUUCAUUGCUUCUUUCAGUUAAGCUGUUCAAACUUUACUGUAAUCAGAUUGAUGUGUUUUGCUUUUUGUUUCGUUCCGUUUACAUUAACGAAAUAUUUUCGAUUAAAAUUAGCUUAACCAUUA